AGAGAGAGAAAUAGAGACAGAGAGUGUGAGAGAAAGAUAGAUACAGCGAGAGAGAGAGAGAGAGAGAGAGAGAUUGAAGCAGUGGAGACGAGUGCGACAGCUUUAAUAGAGAAGUGAACAGAUCCCCCACCCCUCCUCCUGUCUUCCUCCUCUGCCUCCCUCGUUCUUUUUGCCCUCCUCUCCUCCUCCUCCUCCUCCUCCUCCCCCCCUCCUCUCUCUCUCCGUUCGGGUGCCAGCCAGCCAGCCAGCCAGCCGUCCAGAAGACACAGGAGCUGCCGCUGCCGUACCCCAUCAUCGCUGCCUCCGCUCUGCUGCUACCGCUACCACUGCCUCCUCCACCUGCUUCUCCUCUCCUCCUCCUCCCUCCUCCUCCUCCUCCUCCUCUUCCUCCUCUCUUCUCCACCUCUAUCCCUCUGUCUUUCCUCCCUCCACACACACGCACACACACAUACACUCUCGCUGGAAGCUGUUUCACACAGGCAGACGGAGCGACAGAGAGAGAAAGAGAGAGAGAGAUAGCCCAAAAAAGAAAGAACGAAAGCAGAACCGUUCCUUUUGUCCUCCGCGUGCAUCGCUCGUCGGGACUAUUGUGUGGACUAUUUGCGUGUCGGACUAUCAUCACUUUUCUGUGAGAGGACAUCGACCACUGAGACUUCACGCAUCACGGAAAAGCCGCUCGGAGCAGCUGUGCGCGCGUAAAGUGUCAAGGUGUGUAUGAGUUAACUGUCACCACCCAGUCGCUUCUCUCGUCCUGCCAUCGCGGACCUCUUAAAACACACCUGCUCGCACGAGUGACUGCCCGGUGCCUGGAGCCCGCACCAAGCGACGCAGACAGGAGUACACCAGCGGCUUUCUGUGCCGAUCGGCGAGGUUGAAAGCGGAUCGCUUAUCCUCACCCUUCUCACGCGCGCACACACACACACACACACACACACUCUUUUCACGCACCUCCCGACGGCCAAACGGAUUCCAUCUACAUGGGCAAGCGAUUGGAGCAGCAACCAAUGUACCCUCAGUACACCUAUUACUACCCCCACUAUCUCCAGACCAAGCAGCCCUAUGCUCCACCCCCUCACCCGAUGGCCCCGCCCAGUCCCACCUCCAACAGCUGUAGCCAUGGCGGCGCGGAGCAGCUGAGCAAGACCAACCUGUACAUCCGCGGCCUGCCACCCGGAACCACCGACCAGGACCUCAUCAAGCUCUGCCAACCGUAUGGAAAAAUUGUGUCAACCAAGGCCAUCCUGGACAAGAAUACCAACCAGUGCAAAGGGUAUGGCUUUGUGGACUUCGACAGCCCAGCGGCCGCACAGAAGGCGGUGUCGUCCCUCAAGGCCACCGGCGUGCAGGCUCAGAUGGCCAAGCAACAGGAGCAGGACCCCACUAACCUCUACAUCUCCAACCUGCCAGUGUCCAUGGACGAGCAGGAGCUAGAGAACAUGCUUAAGCCCUUCGCCACAAUGGAGUCUACUGAGAAGUGUGAAGUCGUCAUUCAGCACUUCAACGGCAAGUACCUGAAGACACCUCCAGGCAUUCCAGCCCCCACAGAGCCGUUGCUGUGUAAGUUUGCAGAUGGAGGUCAGAAGAAGAGACAGAGCCAGAGCAAGUACCCACAGAACGGCCGGCCCUGGCACAGAGAAGGAGAGACCGGAAUGGCGAUAACUUAUGACCCCGCCGCCAUGCAAAACGGGUUCUACUCCCCUCCUUACAGUAUUGCCACGAAUCGUAUGAUCGCACAGACGUCCAUCACACCCUUCAUCGGUGCUUCACCCGUCUCCACAUAUCAGGUCCAGAGUACAUCAUGGAUGCCUCAUCAACAGUACGUUAUGCAACCAACAGGUGCAGUGAUCACGCCAGCUAUGGACCACACCAUGUCCAUGCAGCCAGCCAGCAUGAUGGGGCCCCUCACUCAGCAGAUGAACCACAUGUCCCUGGGCACCACAGGGAGUUAUAUGACUGCCGCAGCUGCUGCCGCACCUAUGCAAGGGACCUACAUUCCCCAGUACACUCCUGUGCCUCCUACUGCCGUCCCUGUCGAAGGUGUGGUGACGGAUGGAUCUCCCCAGACGGUUGCGCCCUCGUCACAGGAGGUUGGAGGGCAGCAGCAGCAGCUCCAGGUGGAGACGGCAGGCGAACACGUCCCCACCUACUCCUACCAGUCCAAGCCCUCAGAUAGCAACGGGACAGAGAGAAUGUACCUGUGACAGCAUUGCCUUGAGUCAGUGGGAGAUGUGGCCGCACUGAGAAUGAAGAGAGAGGAACUGACAGAUUGCUUCCAGAUCGCCCAGGCACCCCCCAAAAAAAAAAAAAAGACAAAAAAAUUAAACAAAAAAAAAAAACUAGGAAAAAAAAAUGUAAAAAGAGAUACUUUUAUCACGUCCUACCUGGUCUGAGCACAGAGACGGAGGGAGGUUGGAAGCUCCACUUGGCGCCGUGGCAACGGUUGAUAAGGUAUCAUAUUUGGUAACAUGCCAGCUGGGAUGAGUUGAGGCUUGAAUUCUUUCUCCAAGAAAUUCCUCAAAGAGAAAAAAAGUAUAAAAUUACAAAAUAUAUAUAAAAAUAUAAAAAAACAAAGGUGAGUGCACAGGUAGGGGAAAUGAGGUUUAUUUUUUUUUGGAGUAGAGGAAGGGAGUUUGAGAGCUACAGAUUGUCUUCCUCAGAUAUUAAGCUACGGUUUCUUUUUCACUCUUCCUUUAUUUUUGAUUUCCUCCUGUUCAAAUUUUAGUUUUAUAGAGAUCCUCAAUAAUGUUGGGUUUUCUUCUGAAUCUUUAUUGCCUUAAUUUUGAGGACGUCAGAGACGGUGUCCCGUCCUGUGUCCUGUGUCUCGUUUGAAAACAGAAGAGUGGUUUAAUCGGUUCCUUGAAUCAUUUGAUGGUACAAGGUGCUAAAAAAUGUCUAGCUAGAGAGAUAAACCUAUCAAAUAAGCUGUACAGAUUUCAUAGACAUGAGCUUUUCAUUUCUUCAUUUGAAGAAAACAAAAAUGUUUUGGGGGAAAUUUUGUGUAAGAGGAAUCCGAAUUUUGAAGAGAAGAUACAAAAUGCUGUGGAAGAAGAAUAGAGGGAGACAAAGCUUCAAGAUUUUUUCACACAGAUGUUAAAGAAAAAAAAACACAUGUACUGCGUUUUAGUAAAUGCAGUUUCUUGCAAAUGCUGAACCUGUUUUUUUUAUUACCAUGGUUAUAAUUUUACAUGGCAAAAAAAUUAAUUGCUGUUGACGACUUUAGUGCUUUUUAUCUGCAACCUUUGACCUUUUUUAUGAGCUUUAAGAUGUUUUUAGCCCGCUUUGCUUGUCCCACUGCAAAAAAAAAUUAAAAAAAGGAAUAAGAAAAAAAAUAAAACAUGACAUUAAAAAACCCAGAAGAAAAAAAAUAAUACUUGCAAUGAUAAAACUUCGUAGAUUCAGUAGGAGCUUAUGGUCUAAAACCAAUCAGUGCAAAAAGCAAUAGAGGAAAUUGUUGACAAUUUCUGUAGUCUUUCCUAGUUGUGGAUAACAUGCAGCCAGAGGGAUGGCCAUUUUUAUACCAAAGAUGAAGAGACACUCUGAAAUAGAGGAAUUUUUUGGUGUUUUUUUUUUCUUCUUUUUUUCCAAAUAUUUGAUUUUUUUUUUCCUGUUGAUGUCGGUGUUGAUGUUGAUUGUUGAUAUUGAUUGUUGUUGUAGCUGUUGUCAUUGUUGUUUCUGAUUUGACCUUGAUGGCCGGCCCAGUUUGUUCUUUCUCUCUCCGUUUUACCUCUGUCUUUCUCUUUUCCUGUUUCUUCAUUCUAAAUGGUCGAAGCUACCCUCCAAUGUUAUUGUAUGCACCACAGAGAGUAAAUAGGAUCUGAACAGAUGCAGAUACAGAUGGUUUUAGUCAAAAUAGCCCACUGAUCAUCCCACAUUAGAUAUUAGAAACAGAGAAACAGGUAACCAGGCACAGUGGUCCACUAGAGGAGAGGCACUCGUUAUUUCAUCAUAAUUACAAGGCAUCACUAAUGAAUGAAUAUUGGGCCCAUGUCUUUUCUUAGUAUUGACUGAGAGAUCUAUAACGUUUUUUUUUUUUUUUUUUUUUUUGUUGGAGGGGGGUUCUUAUUUCAUUCUCUCAUUCAUUCUUUAAACAAAAAUAAUUUCAGAGACACAGUUGUCUGCUUUUUUUCAACCCAGACUGACAUAUCUUGGCCAGACACUGAGGUUAACCUAAAGACUAGCCACGACCAUCAGUGUGGUAUGUCUCAACAUGCAGUCUUGAGCAAUAUGUUCUUGAUCACAAACAUUGGGUGGGAAGCAUAUCAAGCAGCCCAACAAGAUACUAUUGUAAAAUGAAUCUGUAGGAUGUGGUCUUGUGUUGGAACAAACUGCAACCAAUGUGACUUGGAAACUGGGGAAUGGAAAAGCCUAGGGGAAUUCAACAGACAAGCAAACAAGCACUUCUUUUAAGCAGGCCUGUCUGCUGGCACAAGCUCCACCACAGCCUACUCUCAGUGUUUCUCCAAGACUGAGCACAUAAACAGCUUUACUUCACUGGUGCACACACACACACACACACACACACACACACACACACACACACACACACACACACACACACACACACACACACACACACACACACACAUUCAUAGACACAAAGACCAUGCCCGUGUAAGCUUGCAAAUGACUUCAUUCCAGCGAAUUGUCUCAGUUUAAGGGUCGGUUGGGUACUGGGCAUGCAACGCUCAUUAAAUUCUCUCAUGUCUGGGGUGCUACACUCUCCCUGUGCCUGCCUAGCCCAUAGAGUGUCUGCCUUUGUGCAGUGGCAUGAGCAAAUUAGUCUCUUCUCGGUCCUCGUGUUUUUGUUUUAAUGUCCCUUAAUCGCAUUUGGAUGGCAGUAUGACCGCCAUGCCCUUUUAGCCUCCGUGUAAAACGAGGCCGUCUAGCCUCUGUUUGACCCCCCCUUCUCUCUCUCUCUCUUUCUCUCUCUCUCUCUCUCUCUCUCUCUUGUUUUUGAGUCAUCAGGGUCUGAACUCUUGUCCUAGGAGCAAUUUUGUGUCACAUCCCAUUGUUUGCACGCUGCGUUCUAUGACAGAUUGGUUUGAUUUCACACAAGCUUACUUUCUGGAGUCUGUGCACCCACAGCCACUUUGUGGGAAGGUCGGCAUACGCGUUGAAACAGGAGAGGCGGACCCUUAGACACCAGGUGUUUUUUGGUGUCAUCCACACAAUCAGAGUGAAUUCUGAGUGCCUUUUACGAAGCUUCCAAAUGAUUCCAAUAUCUCUGAUACACAUGAGAGAGAGAGAGAGAGAUAGAGAGAGGGGGGAAAAAAAGCACAUUUCAGAACAGUCUUCAAACGGGGCGAGACCUUAUCAAAAUGAGAAGUUGCGUGUAUCAAAUCGAAUGCCACAAAUGUACAAUCUCUUCUAAGGUGCUAAGAUGGAAGCUGUCAUGGGCCUUCACCUUCUGUGUGUCUACUGCAUGCAUUCAAGCCAUGCAAACCUCUCCUGAUCAUUUGAUUGACAUCUGAUCUCCGAGCCUGCCUGCACAUCAAACUCCCAUAUAGUUAUAUUUUUUAUCAGACAUUCAACAACAGUACACCUUGUCGUUUUUGCUGCGUUGUAAGGUGCACAUGCAAAAACAGUUGUGGCAGUUGUGUUUCGCGUUCGCUGGCUUUCACAAAAUUUCACAAAAUUGUCCUGUUCUUCUGGAGUCUCUUACUGUAUGUCUUAUGAGAGUCAGUUCUAUUGUCAAAGACAUUUGUGUUCAAGCAGGAACCAUGUGUUCCCCCCCUGAAGAACCAUUUUAAGCACCACAAGAAAGUAGCUCUCCUACAGAGAUGAGUCGAAAAACAUCUUUUUAUGUUUUACAGUGUGCGAUGGCGUGAACGCUUCGCCCCGUUGACUUGACUGUCACUGAGUGCUUUGAUACAAGCUGAAAGCCAUGAUGUUUCAACAGCAUGAGGUAGGCUGGUACAAGGCAUCUACCUUGAGUGACAGACAUGUCGUACCAACCAGCUCUACAGAAUCCUGUUGAAAGACAAAGACACAAUUUUUGAAGAAACGGGGAAAAUGUGUCGCCAUGGUGUAUCUCAGUUUGAAGCACAUUUAAGCAUCUGUUCAGUCAAGGCAGUCAACCUAAACUGCCAUACAAGAUCUGUUUUCAUACAACUCCAGAUUUUUUACGGAAUGUAGUGGUGUGUGUAUCCAACGUUUAAGCUAAAUUUAUCAUAAAGACGAUAGAAGAAGUGUAUGUUUUGAGUAAUGUUUAGAUAUGAAAUCAAAGCCCAUCGACUGCAUCACUCACUUCAAACAUGUUUGGGUGGGGGAUUGUUGUGAUGCGGUCUUUGAAAGGAAGAUAAGAGAAAGCCAUAUUUGGGACUGACACCGGAGCUGUUUGACUGAACAAAAGAAAGAAAGAAGAAAAAAGCUGAUGGAAAAGGAAGUGACAGUGGUUUAGCUCAUCUUCACUUCCGUCCUACAGCGAACAGUGUCUGUGACUUUCACUACUCUUUCACUCUCACCUGUUUGUGUGCUAUUUUUUUUCUCAAUGCAGUAAUUUUCUCAACUCAAAGCCGCACUUGUCUGAUCUGGUUUGACUGGUCACUCAAAGAGUUUGUUGAUCACAAGAAAUUACAUUGUGAGUGUCUGUGUAUGUGUGUGUUUUUCUCUUUGCAAAUCAUUUUUUUUUUCUCUUCUCUUGACAUGUUUCAGAGAGAAAUGGUGUUAAAUAUGGUAUUCAUAGCUGCUAUUCAACGAUCUCUCGCCGAUCCCAGAUGUAGACCGUUAGGUGAUGUUUUGAAAGGGUUGUGUAGUGAUUUGAUGGCGAGUGUGUCUUGUGCUAGACUAAUAAAUGGUGCUUACUGCAUGGCUCCUGAGACUAACCUGUGAGAUGAAGCUUUACUGUCCACCUACAGUACCCCCACACACACACACACACACAAACACAUACACAUACACACACACACACACACCUCAUCUCCAUUCUUUUGUAGUCUCUGAGCUUGACAUAGCAGGAGAAAUCAAUAGCAGUGUCUAAUAGUAAGGGUCAAGUGGAGACAGAGAGCAUGGGAAGAAAAAGACGGGCAGCUCCCAGAAAUGGGGGCGGGGGGGGGGG